AUGUGUACAUUACAGCUAUGUAGUUAGCUUAGCUAGUUAGCUAACUAGCAGCAGCCAAGUUAACUGAAGUGUGUAGCUGAUUUAUUCCCUCUAAAAGCUGAAUAAUUCAUAAUGGCUGACUACUGGAAAUCCCAACCCAGAAAAUUCUGUCAGUACUGCAAGUGCUGGAUUGCAGAUAACAAGCCUAGUAUUGAAUUUCACGAGAGGGGGAAGAAUCACAAGCAAAAUGUUACAGCUAAAAUUGAUGAGAUUAAAAAGAAAAGCAUUGACAAAGCCAAGAAAGAAGAGAAAAUGUCGAAAGAGUUUGCAGCAAUGGAGGAGGCUGCACUGAAAGCGUAUGAAGAAGACAUGAAAAGACUACAAGGAGAAUCAGGUCCCUCGGAAGCUCCUGUUCAGACUCAAAGAAAACCUCAAAAGCGAAAGAUUUUUGAGGCUAAGAAAGAGGUUGAGGUCACUACAGAAACCAGCAGCAGCAGUGAAUCAGACGCCUGGCUCCAGGGGACGACUGAUGAUGGACUGGAAUACUUUUACAAUACACAGACUGGAGAGUCUCAGUGGGAGAAACCAGAAGGAUUUCAAGGCGAAAGUGUGUCAUCAGACCCAAUCUUGACCAUCUCCAGCAGUGCGUGGAUGGAAGCUGUGAGCCCAGAUGGAUAUACUUACUAUUACAACACAGAGACAGGAGAAUCUAGCUGGGAAAAGCCAGCGGACUACUCUCCACCUCAGGAGGAAAGUCCUGCUGAAGAAAAGGACACACCGACCACACCUCAACCAGAACCGCUCACCACCUCAGAGGACAGUUCUGAGACUCCUAAAGAAGAGGCUUCAGAGCCGGUGGAGGGAAAACAGUCCCAAGCUCCCAAAAUCAGCUUCAGAAAAAGAAAAGAAGAGGCCACACCAGCAGCAGAAGAGACGACAGAGGAAAAGACAGAACCGGAUGAAGCCGCUGAGACAGAGGAAAAGAAAGACGAUGAAGGAGUUUUAGAACCAGCUGUACCUGCAGAAGAAACAGUAACACCUGCGAAGAAACCCAGGAAAGCAAACCCUUACGGAGCCUGGGAACAAAUUCAGGAGGAGGAGGACCCCUAUGAGAAUGUGGAUUUGCAGCUGCCACAGAUAGAAAGUGAGGAGGCUGCGCCCAUCCCUGCAGAUCUGCCCACAGAACCCAAGACCAAGUUCAAGGAACGAACCAUCACAUCUCUGGGGGACGAGAGCAGUGCAGGAACCACUUUCAAGAAGAGGAAGACGGAGAACGGGAAGUCGAGAAGUCUUCGGCAGAGAGGCAAAGACGACUGAAGAACUGAGGACGCAGAUAAACUUUAUAGGACAGACAGAGGAUCAGGCAGAAUGUAGAUUCUUCAAAGUUUUUAUCAAAACAGAUGACAUCAAGGUAACAUCAAGGAAAUUUCAGGUCAAAUAUCUGAACAUUGCAGACUUUUGUGACUACUUUUUCUUGCAAUGUUUGUCUGAUAAAACUGAGCCCUUUGUUUUUAUUCCUUCAUGGAUUCGUCUACUUUUAAAAGUGUGUAAUUUUUGCCAGUUGUUGAUGUGGAUGAGAAUAUUUUUCUAAAAACUGAAAGGGGAAUUAAAAUAUUGAUGCUUUCUCUGGUAUUAAACAUUCCUCCAUGACUUUA